GCCUUGCAUUGUGGGAGAUGCAGUCCCUCCUUCCUUCCUCUCUGCGACCCGUCGAUUAAGCGUAAAGUCGUUAAACUCCGCUUCCCAGAAUGCCUGCGAGAUUCCCAGACUGCUUUACGAAGAUAUGGCGGGGAAGCUGCGAAUGUCAGCUCGGAAGGUAAUCGGGACAUUUUAAUUGAACUAACAAGAGGACAAAAGACACGAACAUUUUCUCGGGAGACUUUUCGUCAGUAUACACCUAAAGCUCCUAUAAUACAAAUGUGUGAAUUUCACUAGUCAAAUGGUCAGGCUGUGAAUCUUUGCUGAUUGUAGUUAGCAUCCGCACUACGCGGAAGUUUUCUUUGAACAUGAUCUGUCCUUUUCUACGAGCUGUACAGUAUGCCGAGAAGAUACACAGAUCCCCCGGGGGGCGAUUGUUGUUGCCACACUUGGCGUUUAACAAAGCUUGCUUUACAACUGAGCCUAGUUUGAGAUGGGGGCUGCAAGAGCAGAAGAAAAAGGUUCGACCUGGAUCUAUCUUUGAAGUCGCCCGGAAAACUAUCUGGACGCAGGGACCGCGACCCCAGAAAGCAGAGAACAGCGGCAAGCAAGUGUCUGUGCACAGAGGUCAGAAAGGGGAAACCACCAUCCCAACGACUCAGAAAGUGAAAGAAGCUGGACGAGAUUUCUCCUAUGUAAUAGUGGUACUCAUUGGAAUCAGCAUUACAGGUGGCUUGCUUUACACGAUUUUCAAAGAACUUUUUUCUUCAUCCAGUCCUAGUAUGAUAUAUGGGAAAGCCUUAGAAAAAUGCAGAACACAUCCUGAGGUGAUCAGUUUCUUUGGUGAGCCUGUUAGAGGCUACGGGGAGAUGACGAGACGGGGUCGAAGGCAUCAUGUCAGUUUUAUCGAUUAUGUAAAAGAUGGGAUGAAACACACACGUGUGAAAUUCUACAUCCAGGGGUCCGAGCCAGGGAAGCAAGGAACAGUGCAUGUGGAAGUAAAAGAGAAUCCAAAUAAUGGUGAAUAUGAAUUUCGGUAUAUAUUUGUGGAAGUGGAAUCCUAUCCUAGAAGAACUAUUAUCAUUGAAGAUAAUCGAUUCUGAGAUAAUUAAAAGAAUCAAGCAAGCAUACUAUUUCCUGGUUGGUGUGGAAUGGUGCAGAUUCAUUGUGAUCUUCAUAGCUCUCUUCCAGAAUCUGUUCAGAAGAGUAAGACAAGAAUAUAUCAUAUCACUCAUAAAAGUGAAUGUGAUAAGAUAAUUUGAUACAUUUAAACAAGUCUUUCUUGUGAAAAAUCAUGAAAUAGACCAUAGAGCAUAUUUUCUUAGUGUGAAUUGUCAAUUAUGGCAGUAUUUCUGCUUAUUUAACAUCAUUCAUAAUGAGAAUUUUUUGUUACUGAAAAUUUUGCACCAUGUAAAUAAAAUAAAUUUAAAUAUUUUGGUUUUUUAUAUUAUGUAAUUAAGGCUGGCAAGGAAAAAUUAGAACUAAGAAAAAUGUCAAAAAGUAUCUUUCUUUUUUUUUUUUUUUUUGGUACCGGAAAUCGAAUUCAGGACCUUGUGCUCGCCAAGCAGGCACUUAUGCCACUAAGCUAUAUCCCCGGCCCUGAAAAAUAUCUUCUUGCUGUAUAAUUUGGAAUCUGUCUUGAGAUAAACAUACGGAAGUAUUUGAGAACUGUAGUGAGCUAGAUGUUAAACACAUUAUAGAAAGGUUGUGGAAAUCGUAUAAUUUAGGAAUCUGUUUCCUAUUUUCCACUCUGUGACUGAGGCAUUGUCUACUGUGGGAAGAGAACACAAAUUGCACCCUGGAGAACCGGCUCUCACUCCACCUUUUCUAGCGAGUGUGCAGACUGUGCGGGUCCCUCAGCCUCCUGAGACCUCACUACUCUCUGAUUGGCUUGCUACUGAGUGAGAAAAUGGGUACAAGUGCCUGGACUCCCAGCCCCUUUGGAACUUAGGCUGAUACUUGACACUGCCAAGAGAACACCAGAGAUAAGUGAUAGUUGUUCAAAUGUAUGUGAGAAGCCCUUUUUAAAAAAUAUUUUAAAAAUGUGAACACUCUAUUUUAUUGGAAGUAUUUGCUGGACACUUGACUUGUUAAAAAGUGACCCUCACUUGCAAGUCUUUUUUUUUUUUUUUUUUUUUUUUUGCGGUACCGGGGAUCAAACUCAGGAACUUGCACUCCCCAGUCAGGGGCUUAUGCCACUGAGCUGUAUCCCCAGCCCCACUUGCAAGCCUUAUCACAUAACUAAAGUGUUCUGUGUGCAGUGAUCUGCAGAGGCUUCAGAGUCGGCAUUCCCCAGCACUGUGUCUUUGUUCUGUAGAACUGACAGUGGAGAGGUUUCAAAUGGAUUUUUGAGAUCUUAGCAUAUUCAGGAUAGAAAGGUACACAGGAAAUCUGUUUCCCUGUUUAGUUUAUCUCUUUACUUAAGUAGUUAAAUUUUUUGUUUAACUGCUGUCUGAAGUGUUCUAUUAUUUUAAUUCUAAACAUUUCAAACAUUUAGGAAGUAUGAAAAGUGUCACAGCAGAACUGUUGUCUCACAGAGGAACAUGCUUUCAGUGACAUGGUGAACUCUUAAUUUGGGUUAGGUCUCUUAGCCAGUUUUUCUGUCCUUCCCAGUAGAUUGCUUCCUAUCACAUACAGAACUAUUUUUUGUAUGCAUAAUAAACUUAAAGUUUUUAAAUGUGAUCUGAUUUUGUUUUUGGCAAUAAAAACAUGGAGGUUAUCUACCUCUACAUAGCUGUACUAGUGAGUCUCAAUCUAGCUUGAUUUUAUUCAUCUGCUCAUUGACAUAAUUUUAUAGCCAGAGAUGUAUCACCAUUUAAAAUUAUAGAAAGAUAUUGCCCCUUGUAACCAUGUUAAGUGAAAUAAGACACAAGCUUAAAUAUCACUUGAUUUCUCUCAUGUGAAAGGCCCAAAAUAUAAAUAGCAAAAUAAAAGAUAGAUAAAAGGAAGUAGGGAGAUCUUUCUCAAAUGGGAAAGAGAUCAAGAAAUGGUGAGAGGUAGGAGGCAGGGGAAAGGACUGGAAAGAGAAUUAAGAUGUGUUGUGUACAAGCACCAACUCCCCACAAACGGUGUAAUCAUGAACUGUAAAUGUACUAAUAAAAAAGAGGCAAAAAAGUGUUACUGUUUAUAAUUUUAUAAACGUUAAUUGGUUAUAUCAUGAAA